ACUAGAGUGCAAUUUAAUAAUUAACCUCAUUGAAAGGCGGGUUUUUAUCGAACAAUAAUAUAAAACAAGAAACAGCGACUGUUUUCAAAUGCACUGGCUCUGCAAGACAGAAGUGUAAUAACAAAUAUCUGUUCUUCAAUGAGACGGCACAGACAUUUCUCCAUUGCACACUAUACAUCCAUGCUCCAGUAUUCAUAGUGACGGAUUUAAUACGGAAUACUACUGUCGUAAUAGUGGUGACAACUUUUUAGCUCAGGUGUCUAAAAAAGUUGCUUAUGGUUAUUCACUGAAGACAACGUCGCGGAUUCACGAGCAUAUGAAGCAUGAUGAGUACUGACGAGAGUGACAGCAAUGCACAUGGAAGUGUGGCAGACCACAGUAACGCUAAUGAAAGUGAAAAUGAAAAAAUGGACAAAAGUGCUGUAGAAGCCGAGCCACAUGAGAAGCAAAAUACAGGUGACAAGAAGCACGUUGAGGGCAGACGGCAACAACAACAACAACACCGGGACGAUGUGGAGCGGCCUGAGAUUACACAGGGUCAGCAACUUGACACAGAAAAAUAUAAUGUCCAGGAACUGGGGGAAAAUAAAAAAGACGUCUCCGCUAUAGGGGGAAAGACUGCGCAGCUAAUUGAGACGAGUUCCCCUGAAAUAAUCCCAACUGGCACACUCUCGGAACCCGAACCUCCACCUGCAGGACCAUUGGCUGGGUUCGAGCCACCCGAGGGAGGGUUCGGUUGGCUUGUUGUCUUCGCUGCUACGUGGUGCAAUGGGUCGAUCUUUGGCAUACAAAACUCUUUCGGCAUUUUGCAUGUGAUGCUAGUAGAAGACUAUCAAAACCCAACCGAUAAGACCCUACAGUUUAAAGCAGCCUGGGUGGGUGCUCUGGCCAUGGGGAUGAUCUUCUUCUGCUCUCCCGUUGUCAGCAUGUUUACAGACCACUUCGGCUGCAGGAAGACUGCCGUGGGCGGGGCGUUCGUGGCUUUCAUCGGGCUUCUCACCACCUCCUUAACAAAUUCCCUGGGACUGCGCUACUUCACCUACGGGAUCCUGUUUGGCUGCGGCUCCUCCUUCGCUUUCCAGCCCACUCUGGUCAUCCUGGGACAUUACUUCCGCCGGCGACUGGGGCUGGUCAACGGCGUGGUGACGGCUGGCAGCAGCGUAUUCUCCAUGGCCCUGCCGCUGCUGCUGAAGAAGGUGGUGGGUCCGCUGGGUCUCAGCUACACCUUCCAGAUCCUCAGCACCCUCAUGCUGGUCCAGGCCUUCCUAGCGCUGACCUUCAAGCCCCUGCUACCCAAUGCACACAGCCCACCCCACGCUGAGGGGGGAGGGGGGAGUAGGUGGCAGAGGUGCCUGCCACAGAUGCCCAAGUUCUUUAACCUGAGGGUUUUCCGCGUGACCACAUACAGAGUGUGGGCGUUCGGAGUGGCCACAGCAGUACUGGGCUAUUUUGUGCCAUACAUUCAUUUGGUGAACUACGUGAUGGAAGAAUUUAAAGAAACCGAGAAAGAGUGGAUUCUCUUGGUCUGCAUCGGGGCAUCGUCAGGGGUUGGCCGUUUGGUUUUUGGGAAAAUAGGAGACCUCAUACCGGGAGUGAAGAAGAUUUACAUGCAGGUGGCCUCGUUCCUGCUGCUGGGACUCAUGUCCAUGAUGAUCCCACAGUGCCGCGUGUUUGAGGGCGUCGUCGUGGUCUGCCUCUUCCUGGGGCUGUGUGACGGCUGCUUCAUCACCAUCAUGGCCCCCAUCGCCUUCGAGCUGGUCGGGCCCAUGCAGGCCUCCCAGGCCAUCGGUUACCUGCUGGGACUCAUGGCAAUCCCCAUGACAGCUGGGCCGCCCAUAGCAGGGAUUCUUCAUGAUUAUUUUGGCAACUACCACGUAGCUUUUUACCUGGCUGGGGUGCCCCCAAUUAUUGGUGGCACGGUUCUGUUCUUCAUCCCUCUUAUCCAUCGUUGGAACCAGCGCUGCCAGCAGCAGGAGGAUCACUGCAAGGAUAAGAUGCUUCCUUCAGAGAACAAUGCUGUGAACGGGGAUCUCCUGCCAGGAUUCGCAGAUGUCGAAACACACGUCUAGAGGUUUGCAACAAACAAAGGUACCCUUUUAAAAACAGAAUGGCAAAUGGGACAGCACACCAGAACAUGGGCCAGUUUGUUUAACCCCCCCUUUGUUUCAUGUUCGGUCAAACUGCUGCUACCUCUUUCUAAACUCUGCACACAGGUUCCAGCAUUUCCUUUGUGGUUGUUGUUGUUUUUUCCUAUUGCUCCCCAGCAGUGCCUGAUGCUUUUAUAUUUUAUAAGUUUACAAGACUGCCCUUGUAUUUCUCUUAACCAGUUUUACACUUUUACUCUUCACCCUGAUGGAAUCCGCACAAGAGGACAUCACGAAGCAGGCCUACAUUAUUUUAAAAUCGUUUCUGACCUGAGUCUUUUCUAGCAUCGCUUUCCACGGCCAUAGUCGUCCAAAUUGAUGAAUAGGAAAGCACCCCAAAACACCGCAUACGCUUUGUUCAAGAGAAGAAAUAUAACAUCAUAAGGUCUGUGCUAAUGUGGUUAGAAUGAGUGGUUUGAAAAGAUCCGGUCUGUAUUGAUGUGCGCUCUGAUUUUAUGGUUUUAUUUAUUUUGAGCUCAUACACAUAAUGACAAAGGAACACCAGGUGAGACCUGCCACCUACUAAUCAUAUCAGAAACAUCAACAUUGAAUUCAACCUCCAUGUAAUGCCUGAUGAUGGUUAAAAACAUAUAUACUGGCUUAGAAACAGUACAGGAUCUGCCAGGUAAUAAAAUGAUUCCGAACCACGUUGCAAAGGUGAGGUUGUCCUAUUGCCAAUAAAGUAACUAAUGCAUGGUUACAGGUUACAAAGAAACCUUAAAUCUGGAAAACUAAAGAAGGGUACGAAGUGAUGAACUCAUCUCCAGAAGUGCAAGUUGCCAGUGGCUACAGUUAAAAGGAAAACCACACAGGACCUUAUCUGACUGAUGUGUGAUGCUUGGGUUGCUGCUGCAUCUUCUGGACUAUUUGCUGUAUUUUAAUGAUUUGAAGUUAGAACACCACCAAUGGGGAAAUUCUUAAGCUACUUCCUGUCCAGUUUGCCUGUCUAGAAACUAUCUUGGAGGUUUUUCUCAAUUCCACAAUUGUUCUAAAAUGAAAUCUGAUCAAAGGGCACAUGCAGCCAUGUUUGGCUAUUUAUUUGACGAGUGGCUUCAUCAUUUUGUACCCGACUGUACAGUAUGUUUCAACUUCAGCACACCUUACUAGUUGCUACGGAUACAUAUGUUGUAAAACAGCACACCAGCUGUCCUAGCUAUGUAUGAAUUGCGGUUUUGUCACCUGGUCUGUGAAAUAUACAUUUUCUGGCAGCAUUUUUGGAUGAAAUUGGGUUAAUAAUCUAAUUUUGGCUAUAUCAGGUAAAAACCCUACAAUCAGAACACCUAGCUCUAGACACCAAGUAAUCUGUCCUGAUGUACAUUUACUUUAUGGAUCUAUUAAGAAAACGUCUAUAAACCUGUAUUAAAUGUUUCCUCACAAGGAAUUGACAGUUUAUUACAAUACAAUCUCAGUGACAAAUUACUAGUGGAAAGAUAGAUGCCAUAGUACAAAGUUAUUGUAAUGUUUCUUAUAAUGCCAAGUUGUAUAACACUAUAUUGCUAGUCCUGUCUUAAUAAUUCAAAUAUAAUGUAUUAUAAUUUGGGUUAUUUUAUUAGUUCCUUUAAUUUCAUAAGCAUUGGGUAAUUCAAGUGUUUGACUAUUCUUAAAGGGAAGAAUAUUUAUGUACCUAUAUUUUUGUGUUAAACAAAUCUGCUCUAUUUUAUUGUCAUAUUGUUUUUGGUUGUCUGUUUCAUUAUUGGAACUCAAAGCAUUCCACUAAAAACUGUUUUACUUCAUUUUGUGCCAGUAGAUUGCAAAAUAGAAAAUGAUCACUGUUCAAUAGGGGAGGGAUCCCCUAAUAGUUCAUAGGGAUUAUGUAGCAUAAUAUUCAGAAUAUAACAUGCAGCCUGUGUAUAAUGUGAAGGGUUAGCCGGGUUACAUUACACAUGCAAAAACACCAUAACAUGCUAUAUAGAACACUAUAUAGAAUACAAAUAGAAAUGUGUCCUGGUUGCAACACCCACUUCAACCACUGGGGGCUCCAGGAUAAAAUGAGUCCUGUAAUCUCCUAUUUCAUGUGACUUCAAUUUAUUCUGAAUAUGUAGGGGGCACGAAAUGGAGUAGAGCAAAUCUGAACACCAAGCUAAUGAGUUCCAUAAAGGGUCAGAAAUUGCCCCAGUAACCAGAACAGGAAAAUAUUGCAGAUUUUUGGACCCCAUGUGGUCUAAUUCACUCGUCCUGUCUAACCAAAAGGUGUUAUGGGUAGUUACAAAGUUACACAGGGACUAAAUAGCAAGGUAUAUGUUACAGAGCACAGAAACGUGAUUUCUCAAAUGUUUAUAGAGCAGUAGAUUUUAAUGACUUUACCUACCAAUGCAUAUACAGCACUGCAGUAUUAUGUCAGAUCUUGUUACAGGCACAGCAGUAGCAUUUGCACUGUAUAAAAGACAGCUCUUGUCAUGCCCAGCACAGACCACAUGCUGACCUUGAAACAGCAAACAGUCCUCAUAUAGCUUCAUUAUACAAGAGCAUUUUCAGUGCUUAUGCUGCAAUUCAUUGUUUACAGCAUCCAGCUCAGAAUACAUGAUGUAACUGAAGCAAAUGGAAAUCCCAAUGAACAGUAUAUGGAUGCAAACCUGUGAUUGAUGGGAAACAGCACCCCUUAUGGGUCACAGCGGAAACUGUCACAAUGUGGAGUGCAUCAUGUGGCAACUCCACUGUACCUACCAUAUUUCAGAGCACUGAGUAAUACCUUCAGCAUCCGUCCCCAGUUAGUUUUCUAAUCCUCCUGUAGACGAAUGCAUGUAGUCACUUAUAUUGUAAAGAGGCAUUACUUUGUAAGAUAUUGGUUGCCCACCAGUUUUGUUUUGUCUUGGCUCCUGCCAUUGACUUCUGUUUUGGAAGGGAUUCUGUCCACCAGCACUAUGAUCAUACAGCAUUGUGUUUUGUGCAGGGAAAGCAGAGCAGGAUAAAGUUUCUCUGUUUAAGUUGAAAAGGCACCGCUGCCAAGUAUGGACUCAGGAAUGCUGAACAGUAAGCAAGGAGUGUUUUUUUUCUUUUUAAAAAGAGUUUGAACACGGGACAUGAUCUGAUUGGGAUUCAAGGUCUUGCAAGACACUAUUCACGAUCAACGGCUGCUGUUAAUGCAGCAUUGUGUGUAUGCAGCACACCUAAUGAGACAGAAAGCCAGGAGUGUGUGCAGGCAUGUGUGAAUAGCAAUAUUCUGCUUGAAUAAUGACUUCACUCUGAAGGGAACCUCACUGGAUUACUGUGCAGAUCAUCUGCGGGUCGCUCUCUUUUGUAAACGGCUGUAAUUCUGGAUUCCACCUUUUUCUACUUCUCAACUAAAGCUAAAACUCUGCAGGUGAUACAUUGGCCUGGCAGCAAGUAAAAUACUUUUAUGUUACAAGGGUGUAUCCUACAAUCUGAACUAAUAUUACCAACAGUGAGUAAACAAUGGCCUAUUGUAUUCUCAAUACUUGUAGAAUUGACCCAUUAUAUCCAAUUAAAUAUGCAGCUAUUAUUGAGGUUAAAGUGUAAUGCCUCGUUACUAUUCCUAAUCGCCCUGCUCACAAUCUCCAGCACAUCAUUUAAACGUGUCAUUGAUCUGGCGUACUCGUUUGCCAAUGCAACCUUUUUAAUUCAAAAGAAUUAAAAAUAAUAAUUUAUGAACCAGGUGCCGUAUUAUCAGUCUUCUAUCUUCAAUCUGCCAUUGCCCAUCAGUCAUCUGUUGGAAUCUUCAAUAUUAUCUCAAAACAAAGAUUGUAUCAGUUUGCUUUUUUUUUUUUUUUUUUUUUUUUUUUUUAAAUGUACAUUGUGUGAAGUGUUACAGUUCUUAAUAAUUGUGCAUUUUGUAUGCACAAAUACCAUUUGCCCAAUGUUACAAUAUGUUGCCUCUGAUUUGUAAUAUGUUUUCUCAGCAAAGCAACCCCUUACUCACUAAAUAUCUCAGGACCCCACAACAUAUAGAUAGCUGCUCCAAUUAUAAUGAGCAAACUGUCCCGCAAGUGCAGUCACACCCCAAAUAUAAGUUGGUACCAAUGCACAACAACUGGAUGGGUAUUUUUUUAUCCAAAAAAAGUGUUGCUGUAUCUGUGCCUGCACUUUAAGCAGCUUGAAGAAGCUGUGAUAUAUCUAAGAUAGCUAAACUUAUAUAUUCUUGUUUAGAUUUACUUUGGAUCAUUUUCAGUUUGUCACCACAUCGUGGCCACUUUUUUCAAACUGCACUGUGGAAGGGUGAUGCUGGGGACAGGUUGAUGGUUACCAGAUAUAGUUGGAGGUUAGACAUUAGGUCUGUUGAGGCCAUGAUUCAAAGUGAAGCUAAAGAACAAGAAUAAAAUUAAGAUAGCUGUGAUAUUUCAUACACUACCAGGUAUGCACUUCAAGACGGGGGCCCUAUUGAAUGUGGCAGCAGCCUUAACACUCAUUAUAGACUCCCAGGUUUGGUGAGUAGGGUAGCAUUGCUGGGGGGUAUCUCGUAUACUGUGACAUUCAUAUUCUACUAUUACUGCAACCUCAUUAGAGAACCCAGAUCACUGCGAAGUGCCAUCUGUAUCAUACACCUCACAGAUAAUGCCAUGUGUUACACUGACCAACUGAGCCAGUCUUUCUCUAGUACUUGUGUGUCACACUGCACACAGUGAACUCGUCCCCAUGUCUUUAUGGAUCUUUGUCGGUAUAGAGUCUAGUCUAGGACAUUGUGAUGUACCACAAUGUUCCAGAAGUGUGUAGUUUUUGUACCAAAGUAGGUUGUGCAGUCCAUGAAGUACUGUAUAUAUUAGCACACUGGGGUGGUUUUGGAAACUGUCUUGGGAUUUUAAUCAAUUUUAAGAUUAUUUGAUUAAUGGCACAGGGUAAUUAAAAUAGAUUUCUAGGUUCUUUAACCUUUUAUUUGACUGAGUAAAUGUAUUCAAGUUGCUCAUCACAGUAUAUGCAGAGGUGACUGUCUUUACUGAAAUAGUUAACCAGUAUUUUAAUUCUGAUAUAAUGAAUUUCUUAUGACUUCAUGUUUUAAGAAUUUGUUUAAUGAAUGAUUAAUUAACCAUUCACCUGUACUGAUGAAUCGAUUAGUAAAAUGGCACAGUUAAAGACCCUAGUUUUUUAUUGCGUGUGCUUGUUGUAUCAGUCUUUUCUUACUGUGUAAAUCCUGGAGUUGAAGGAAUUGAUUUAACCUGUUGGUUUGUUUCCAGCAGCAGGAUAGUGUAGCUGACUGGGGCUCUAAAUUCACUAAAUUUCCAUGUGAGAUAACAUCCCAUUGCUCAUCUAAAGAUGUUCACAAAGCACCAAGGUUAAGAAGGCAGCAUGUGAAAAACUGGAAACUAGAACAGAUUCAUGAAAAUCAAACUAUUUAAAGAUAUUGCUAGACUAAAUUGCAAAUGUGUACGGCAGGCAGCCAGCACUGAAGAGCAGCGUCUCCUAACCCACUGUAAUCUCCAUAGAUCUGCAGGAGGCUUAGGAGUAGGAAAGCAUUUUCUUUCAUAAAUACACAGACCAAACCACUGACUGUGAGAUCAGGGAUUAUUUUUGAACAGGAGCACUUUAAAAUGUUAUUGAUCAAAGCCUUAGAAUACAGUAUAUGAUUUCCAUUUUUUAAAUGUGCACCCUUUCCCACAUCCUCCUUUGACCCAAUAACCCCCGUUGCCAAAGCUGUUGUAAACUUAGCAAUCGGUGAAAUCAUUAAAGUCAAACACGCUUCCAAACGGCACUGUAUAUUGUUGAAGACUAGACUGACAUUUUGCAGUCACUGUAAACAUGAAAUGUGAAGCUGCUACAUUUGUGUAAUUCUUUUGUCAAUUUUAAUAGUUUAUGGAUGUAUAACUUUUUUCUAUGAAAACAAUAAAUGUAUAAA